AUGGGCCUACAAACAGAGAAAGAUAAAGAAAAGGAUGAUCCCAAGAAAAAUUAUAAAUUAUGUAGCAAAAAAUUUGAAACAGAUGAAUUAGAGGUUCUCAAAAAGAUUUACAAGGAGCUUGGAAGUAGAUCAAUCUCAAAUCAUAUUGACAAGGAGACGUUCCUUCAAUUUUUCCCCUUACCAGGUUUGUGGGGUGAGCGAUUAUUUUUAAAGUUUAAUUUUAAAAAUACUGGAUACAUAGAUUUUGAGGAAUUUAUAAUAGGAAUAGCUAUAUGUUGUAGAGGAACAAAAAGUGAUAAAAUAAAUGUCCUUUUUGAUAUAUUUGAUUUAAAUUCAGAUGGAUAUAUUCAAAAAUCGGAGAUGGUUGCUAUGCUAUCAAAUAUACCUUAUAUUCAUAAAUUAAAAAAUAUUUUUUUUAAAAAAUCAAAUUCAACAAAUUAUUAUGAUAAUCAAUACGAAGGGAAUUCAAAUGCAGAUCAUAAUGAAAGUUAUAAUGAUGGAUAUAACGAUGAUUAUAACUACAAUUAUGUAGAUUAUUAUGACUAUAAUCAAAAUAAUAAUAACAAUAAUAUGACUAACUAUAAUGUCAACAUAUGUGUAAAUAAUAAUAAUAAUAAUCAACAUAUUACUAAUAACAAUGCAAAUUAUUCAGACAGUUAUAAUGAAUAUUGUGAUAGUGAAAAUGAGGAUGAAUAUAAUGAUGAUAAAAAUGAAAAUAAUGAUGAAAAUUAUUAUUUUGAUAAAAUGUCUUCUGAAAAAAGAAUUUCUAAUGAUAGUAUAAAUUUAAAAGAUAUUCCUCAAGGGAAUUGUAGUAAAUGUUUAAAACAAAAAAAUAGGAUGAUGUAUAAUGAUAAAUUAUUAAGUAUGAAAGAAAUAGCUAAAAAAAUCCGAAAAGAAAAAAAACAUCAUCUUGAAAAAUGCAUAAAAGAUAUUCGAAGAGAGCGUUAUGGAAAUGAUCUUGGAAAUCAAAGAAAUAGUAAUACAAUACGAAAAAAUAAUAGCAUCGUUACAAACAAUUCCAUUAGUAAUUGUAAAAAAGAAAAAAAGGAUUAUGAAAAAAAAAAUUUAAUCACUAAAACAGAAAGUGAUGAUAAUAAUAGUAAUUUUUCUUCGAGCAGUGUUUCUAAUGUGUUUACAAAUGAAGAUGGUGAUUUUCAUAAUUUAUGUAAAAAAAGAAUAAUAAAAAAUAAAAAUCGAAAAAAAGGGUCAAAUAGUAUGCAAUAUUUAAAAAAUACCAAUAGUGCAUUUAUGUCAUCAACAAGUGAUAGUUCUUAUAGUUAUGAAACUAUUUCACGUCUAGAUAGUGAUGAUAUUGAUAGUUUUAGUUCAAAUAAAGAACAAAGGAAUGGAUCCUGUAGUGAAACAUCUGAUUCUUUUAUUAGCAUAUAUGGCUAUUUAAUUAAAAGUAAAAAUAGAACAACUGCAUCAAACAAAAAGCGUAAAGACAAACAUGAACUAGAUCACCGUUUAUUAAUAGAAAAAAGAAAAAAUAGUUGGGAUGGAAGUAUAAGGUCGAAAAUUACUCAGGAAGAAAAAGAUAAAGAAAUGGAAGGAAAAGAAUCUGAAGAAAUCGAAAAAAAAAAAAAAUCACAAACAGUAGAUAUUAAUAAUAAUAAUAAUAAUGCAAUUGAACAUAAAGAAAACGAAAGCGAAGGAAAAGACAAGGAUGCUGAUAAUAAUAAUACUGAAGUCAUCGAAAAUAAGGAUAGUAGUUUAGAAAAAAAAGAUCAAGAUGGAAAUAAUAAUAAUAAUAAAAAUAAUAACAAUGAUGGAAUAGAAAAUAAGGAUAGUGGGGUAGAAAAAAGAGAGUCUAAUUGGGAAAAAAAAGAAACCAAUAGAAGCUCUUAUAACAGAAAUGAUGUAAACAUUUAUAAAAAAGAAAAAAAAAUUGAAAAAAAAAGAAAACUAUUUUCAAAUGAGCAUUGUUUACCAUCCAAAACAGCGAGGAAUAUAUUAAACGACGAAGAAAAUGAAGAAUAUUCUGAUAAAAACGUUGACGUUGAAGAAAUUGUUGAUAUAAUGCUAGAAGAAUGUGAAUUUAUGGAUAAUGAUAAAAUUACACAAAUACAAUUUAAAAGCGUUAUACAUAAAUAUGAUUUUUUUUUGUAUGUAUUUUUUAGUUGCCUUCAUGAAGAUAUAUGGGGGUUACAAGGUAAUGUAUUAUAUGGAAGAGAUUAUAUUAGCAAUUUUGUAAUAAAACCUGAAAAUUUUAAAAAUAAACAAAUUGGUGAAAAUGAUGAAAUUAUUACUGAAGAUCUUUAUUUUAAGAUACGCCAACUAUUUAUUGUACAAGCUCCAGAUUAUGAUUGUGUAAAUGAUAAUUUAUGUGUUAAUUUUUUGAAAGAGCAAAAUUUGACAAAUGAUGGAAUUGACUAUGCUAGUGAUGAUUAUACAAAUAAGAAAAAGAAAGUUAGUAACGAAUUGGAAAAUAAUAGUAAAACAAAAGAAAAAACAUCAAAAGAUGCUGAAAAAUUUGACAAAAAUGAGCAGAUAGGACAAACUAAAGAAGAUAGUAUUAAUACAAAUAGUGUCAGAAUAACACAUGAUGAUACAACUGAUAUAAUUAAUGAUAAGGAAUUCAAAAUCUAUGCUUUAGAAAAUAAAGAAAUUGUGAAUACUCAUCAAACAAUUAUUGAAAAAGAAAAGAGAGAAGAUGAACUAAUAAAAGAAAACCAGUCGGAAAUAAAAAUACAAAAUGAUGAAAACAUGGAUACUCAUGAAAUAAAAACAAAAGAAAUAAAAGAAAAUCACGAUAAUGUAAUAAAAGAAUCGAAUGAUAAAAAUGCAGAAGCAUCAAUAAAAUGUGAAGAUGUCUCUCAAAAUAUUUCGCAAAAUAAUUCUGGUCCCAUCCUCAAUGUGAAUAAUUCCAAUUCAUUUAAUCCAAACGACAAGGGAAAUUAUGCAGAAAAAGAAGGAAAUCUUAAUGAAAAUAAAAAUGAUAUUAAUAUUUUGCCUAAAAUUGGAAAUAAUACAAAAUUGGUAAUUUGGGAUAAUAUAAAACAAAAGCCAGGAUAUGAAUGCGAUUUUAAUUUAUUAACAAAUUCAAUGAAUGAUAUAUUUUCUAAAGAAAUUGUAGAAUUUAUUCAAGCGUCUAAAAUUAGUUUCAAUAUUAGUGACGUACGUAAAGAAAGAAAUCCACAACAUAAAGAUAAACAUAAAAAAACAAAGAGAAAUAUAGAUAAAACGAAAAAUAAUUUUAACGCCUCCUUAAUUAUUAAAAAGAAGCAUGAAGAUGAUUCUAUUAAUAAUAACCAUACACUUUCAGAUACAAAAAAAGAAAAUGCAAAAAAAACAACUAAUCACAAAAUCAUAGCAGCCAAUAAUAAUACAUAUAUAAAUAAUGGCAUACAUAAUAAGAAAGAAAUUGUAGAGAGAAAUAUUUUGAAGGAUUCAAAUUACUCCAAACUUCAAAAUGCUAAUGAUAAUGAUACAAAUAAAUUACAUCUGAAUGUUGACGAUUCUGUUAAUAUAAACAGAGAAAUUAAGAAAAGUAUUGUGACAAUAAAAAUGCAAGGUUUUGUAGAAAAUAGUGGAAAUAACAAAACUGACGAACUAAAAGAUGCGAAUAUCUCAAUCGAUCAACAUGUUCAACCUGAUCCUGUUAAUGUAGACACGGAAUUAAAUAUGUCUGUAAAAGUGAAAAAUGGUAAUAAAAAAGAAGAAAUUUCUAAUACAACUUCAGAGCCGCAUGCUGAUCCUGUAAUAACUUCAAGCAACAUAUGCAUAGAAUCAAAAGUGGCGAGGGAAAAAACUGUGGAAGAACAAAAAGGUAAUGAGUUAGCAGCGAAUAUAACAGAAGAAAUCGAAGAUAAAUAUGUAAAAAAAUCUAAUUGUGAAAUUGGAGAUAAAAGUGAAAUAAAAGUAAAAAAAGAAGAAAGUUCAAGUAUCGAAAAUGAAAGUUAUUUUUUUGAAGGUAAAAAAAAAAAAAAAAAAAAUGACAUAGCAAAAAAACAUGUAAAAGAUUGUAAUUUAUAUUCCUGCCCUAAUUGUAAAGGACCAUUUUUAAUGUGCCCAAAUUGUCAUAAUAGAUAUCCAAGAUUUUGUGUAAAAGAAGAUAAAAUAGCAAUGGAAUGUGAAUAUUGUGAUUGUGAGCAUUGCUAUUUUUAUAAUUGUAUAUAUUGUAAUUUUGAUUUUCAAAAAUGUUUAAAUAUGGUAAAAAAAAAUUCACUAAAAGAAGGUAUAUUAUAUAAAAUAGGAAAACAUCUUCAUCAAUUUAAAGCAAGGUAUUAUAUAUUGUUUGAUAGUUUAUUAUAUUAUUAUGAUAAAAAAAAUAAUUUAAAACCUCGAGGAUUUAUGUUUUUAGAAGGUUGUUAUGUUGAAGUUAUACCUAAAAAUGAUAGUAUAAAUAAAUAUGGUUUUUCUAUAUGCCAUAAAGGAACAAAUCAAAUACAAAAAAGAAACUUAUAUGUUAAUACGUAUGAAGAAAGAGAAGAAUGGUUACAAGCAUUAUAUUCCACAACAAAACAAAAUACUUUAUAUAAUUUAUAUGAAAUACAUGAACAAUUAGGACAAGGAAAAUUUUCAAAAGUUUAUAGAGGAAUCAAUAAACAAACAAAUUCUGAAUUUGCUAUCAAAGUUAUUAAUAAUAGAUCUGUUUCAAUUUAUGAAAAAGAGUUAUUGCGUAGUGAAAUAUCAAUUUUAAGGCUAUUGAGGCAUCCAAAUGUUAUAUUUUUAAAAGAAAUAAUAAACACUAAAGAAACGUUAUAUAUAUCUAUGGAAUUGGUAAAGGGUGGUGAAUUAUAUGAUUUUUUAUUAUCUGAAACAAGAUUAAGUGAAAUACAUGCUAACAAAAUUAUUUCACAAUUAAUAAAAACAGUUGCAUAUUUACAUAAAUGCGGUAUUAUACAUCGGGAUAUAAAGCCUGAAAAUAUUUUAUUAACUGAUAAAUCAAAAGAUGCACAAAUUAAAUUAACAGAUUUUGGAUUAUCUACAUUAUGCGCUCCUAAUGAAUUGCUAAAAGAACCAUGUGGUACAUUGGCAUAUGUUGCUCCUGAGGUUAUAACAUUGCAGGGAUAUAAUCAUAAAGUAGAUGCAUGGUCAAUUGGAGUUAUAUUAUAUUUAUUGCUAAGCGGAAAACUACCUUUCCCAAUUAACAAAAAUACAGAAAUGAAUAUUCAAAAAACUUAUGUACUAAGUUUUAGAGAUAAUAUAUGGAAAACUAUUUCAUCUUCAGCUAAAGAUCUUAUAUCAAAAUUAUUAGAAUUAAAUGCAGAUAAGCGAAUCUCAGCUAGCGAAGCUUUAGAACACAUAUGGAUAAAAAACCCAACGGCUGUUAUUAAUGAAAAUUCAGUUAUUUAUAAAAACGAAGAAAUUAACAUUCUAAAUCUACAAGAUGUUAGUGUAAGUACAUUUAAUAUACCAAAAUAUGCACCAUAUCAUGCAGAACAAAAAAAAAUUGAUGAAGGUCUGAAAAAUGAAAAUUCCUAUAGUUUUCACCAAGAUAAUAAUAUGAUAUGUGAAAAUAAUUAUUCCAAUGAUGAUCCUAUCAUACCAUUGCCAUAUAGCGGGUCCAUGAUAAAAGAAACUAGCGUAGAUAAAAACCCUGCAUUAAAUUCAAACAAUCCUAAUUCAGAUGCUAGGCAAGGUAUAAGCAUAGAAAAUAUGGAGAAUUUAGAAAAUUAUAAUACAAGUGAAAACAAAACUAAUACCAGCACACGUGAUAACGAACAGUUAAAAGGAGAAAACUCGAAAGAUGACGCAACAAAUACAUAA